CCGUCUUCGUCCGCCGUGAUGCUGUCGCCCACGACGCACUCCGAGGAGCUUCUGCAGCCGAGCACAAGCAUCGACAUGAAGUACGUGGUGUCUUCUGACCCACUAGGCAGUCGCCACAAAAAGAAAGUCAAUCGUGCAGGUGCCGACGUGUUCCGCUCCUGCUCCGCCUUCCCAGAAUAUUUUGCUCGUGUGCUGGAUUACCGUCAGAUGGACUUAGACGCCACCUUCUAUCAAAUGGUCACGCUCUGUGUACAGCCUGCCAAAGUUUACAAGAGCGCAUACUACCGUAAACAGACCAAGAACCGCUGGGCGAGAGACGACCCUGCGUUCGCAGUCAUCCAGUUCGCCUUCCUACUCGUAGCCACACUGGCAUGGGCUAUUGCCUUCCGUGUUGAUAGCGCGGCUAAGUAUGCGUCGUUGCUGUUUCAUGCAGUGGUGGUUGAAUGGCUUGGCUUUGGGCUCGUCAUCUCCACGCUCUGCUGGUGGACCGCUAACCACCAUCUCCGUCAGAGGAACAGUCACGGUGUGGGAGAUGCGUUGUACGUGGAGCAGCGAGUGGAGUGGCAAUUCGCCUUUGACAUCCACUGCAACUCGUUCUUCAUCCUGUUCCUCUUCCUCUACGUGCUGCAGUUUUUACUGACACCGCUGCUCGCGUCGAACUCUUUUGUGGUGUUGCUGGUUGGGAAUCUACUGUACUCGCUGGGCUGGGGAUUCUACACGUACAUCACUUUUCUCGGUUAUAUGGCGCUUCCUUUCCUGCACCGGACGGAGCAAUUACUGCUGCCGCUUAUCGUAAUCCUUGCGCUCUUCAUAUCCACGUUGGUGCUGCAGGCGGUCUUCGGUGCACAGAUCAACUUUGCGCACAUUUCGACACACUAUUAUUAUGCACCUUAG